GCAGUUACCAAUGACUCCGGGUAGGCCAUCAUUGUAAAAAAAAAAAAGUGUUCUUAUUUAUUAACUGACCUGCCUGGUUAAAUACAGGUUAAAUAAAAGAAGACGGGACGAGAAUCUCCCCUAGAUAUUUAAAGCCCGCCUUUUGAUUCGUGAUUGGGUAGGAUGUAGGGGGAAUAGCGAGUUUUCGAUUGGACAGCUGUCCUGCCCUUUUAGCCCUGCCCAUUUGCAUGGACAGAGAUGGCGGCGAUAGAAGUGGAGCGUCACCGAGGGCGUCUGGCGGCCCUGGCCAUAGCAGUGGUGGUGAUCGCUGUGGGAGUUCCUUUGUGGUGGAAGACCACUGAGACAUACAGGGCAUGGCUACCUGUCACCCAGAUCAACCAGCUAGCUCAGCUGCAGCUACAGUUGAGUGUGGAAGUGGAGGUGGUGUUCUCUAGAGGAACUCUGACUGCUGAACACCAGAAGAAGAUUGAUCCCACACACACACGCCUGGAAGAGCACCCUGUGGACGAGACCACAGUGUUGCGUUACAGGUAUGAGACUAGAUACAGGACAGCUACCAUCAUGGAGGAAGAUGCUCUGAACCAGCCCACUGCAGCAGAGACUGAUCGGUCUCUUCAUCUGCUCAGUGAGAGCCCCUGUGGCUCCGUGGUCAUCUAUGUGGUCCCAGAAUCCUCCACACUGCUACCUGAGGGUGUGAGUGUGUACGUGGGUCAGAGGCGGACGGCGCUGUUGCGUGCGGGGAGGCCAAUGAGAGUGGGCGUCGGCCUGAAGGAGGUGCUAGCCCACCUGGAGACCCAGGUACAACAGGUUCUCAAGGUCAUGUCAUUCAGCCACAGUGACAUCACCGCUGCCCUUAGCGACCGCGUCCGCCUCGACUACAGUAGCAGGGAGGGUCUGGCCGACAGCAUGAGAGCCUUCAAGUCCAGCCCAGGUUAUGAAAUAACCUUCAGCCUGUUGAACCCUGACCCUAAGUCUCACCAUCUGCACUGGGACAUAGAGGCAGCAGUCCAGAGUUAUAUCCAGCCUCUCCUGUCGAAGCUGGCCCCGGUGGCCGACUUCAGUCUGGACUCCCAGAUCCUCUACUACGCUGUCCUAGGGGUCAACCCACGUUUUGAUCCCUCACUCAACGCCUACACACUCAACGCUGACAGUCUGUCUCACGUCAUUAACCCCGUAGAGGCCAGGCUGGGCUCCAGCGCUGCGUCAUCCAACCCUGUCCUGAACUUCCUGCUGUACGUUCCAGACGCACGUCACUCCCCCCUCUACAUCACCGACCACCGCAAAUACACUGUUGUCUCCAACGCCUUCAGCUCCCCGCGCUGGGGAGGCAUCAUGGUGUAUAAUGUCAAUGGGACAGAGCUUCCUGUUCACAUCAACAUAGACAUGACCAGAGUGAUGGGAGUCUUCCUGGCACAGCUACGGCUGAUGCUGGGUGUCCAGUCGUCAACCCCUCCCCCUGGCUUCCUGGUUGGCCCGUGUGGCCCAGCGGGAUUGGCUGACUGGGAGUUGGAUCGCCUCCUGUGGAGUCGCAGUGUAGAGAAUGUUGCCACUGCAACGACAACCAUUACCUCAUUGGCCCAGCUGCUGGACCAGAUAGGAAACAUCGUCAUCAACGACAACAUCGCAGAACAGGUGUCAGCAGCAGUUGCCUCUCUCCAGUUGGCUGUGGGUCAGUUGGAGGCGGGGAACCUGGGCCUGGCCCUGCAGUACAGUAAGGAAGCUAUCCUCCAUUCAGAACGAGCCUUCUUCGACCCCUCCCUCCUCCACCUCCUCUAUUUCCCUGACGAUCAGAAGUUUGCCAUCUACAUCCCUCUCUUCCUGCCCAUGUGUGUCCCCAUCCUGCUCUCACUGCUCAAGAUGGCCGCCGAGGCCCGCCAGAGGCGAAGGGAGAGACAGGACAAGAAGGAGUGAGAUGGAAGUUAUUAAGAUGGAGAGAUCGACCGAUGAACGGGCACACGCACAGUUGGUUCACUGAUCAACAAAGUGUUUAAAGGAAACUGUCUGGACUCAGAAAUUAUGUUAAGACCAUUAGAAAUACAUGGGGCCGUAUUGAUCAAACUUCUCACAAUAGGAGUGUUUUAUUUAGGAUCAGUUUUGCCUUUCAGAACACAAUGAAUAAGAUUACAUGGACAGGGGAACCUGAUCCUAGAUCAUCACUGAUUAUAUAGACAGGGGGACCUGAUCCUAGAUCAUCACUGAUUAUAUAGACAGGGGGACCUGAUCCUAGAUCAACACUGAUUAUAUAGACAGGGGGACCUGAUCCUAGAUCAUCACUGAUUAUAUGGACAGGGGGACCUGAUCCUAGAUCAACACUGAUUACAUGGACAGGGGAACCUGAUCCUAGAUCAUCACUGAUUAUAUAGACAGGGGGACCUGAUCCUAGAUCAUCACUGAUUAUAUGGACAGGGGGACCUGAUCCUAGAUCAACACUGAUUAUAUAGACAGGGGGACCUGAUCCUAGAUCAUCACUGAUUAUAUGGACAGGGGGACCUGAUCCUAGAUCAUCACUGAUUAUAUAGACAGGGGGACCUGAUCCUAGAUCAUCACUGAUUAUAUAGACAGGGGGACCUGAUCCUAGAUCAACACUGAUUAUAUAGACAGGGGGACCUGAUCCUAGAUCAUCACUGAUUACAUGGACAGGGGGACCUGAUCCUAGAUCAUCACUCCACUGAUUAUAUAGACAGGGGGACCUGAUCCUAGAUCAACACUGAUUAUAUAGACAGGGGGACCUGAUCCUAGAUCAUCACUGAUUACAUGGACAGGGGGACCUGAUCCUAGAUCAUCACUCCACUGAUUAUAUAGACAGGGGGACCUGAUCCUAGAUCAUCACUGAUUAUAUAGACAGGGGGACCUGAUCCUAGAUCAACACUGAUUAUAUAGACAGGGGGACCUGAUCCUAGAUCAUCACUGAUUACAUGGACAGGGGGACCUGAUCCUAGAUCAUCACUCCACUGAUUAUAUAGACAGGGGGACCUGAUCCUAGAUCAUCACUGAUUAUAUGGACAGGGGGACCUGAUCCUAGAUCAUCACUCCUCUGAUUAUAUAGACAGGGGGACCUGAUCCUAGAUCAUCACUCCUCUGAUUAUAUGGACAGGGGGACCUGAUCCUAGAUCAACACUGAUUAUAUGGACAGGGGGACCUGAUCCUAGAUCAUCACUGAUUAUAUAGACAGGGGGACCUGAUCCUAGAUCAUCACUGAUUAUAUAGACAGGGGGACCUGAUCCUAGAUCAUCACUCCUCUGAUUAUAUGGACAGGGGGACCUGAUCCUAGAUCAUCACUGAUUAUAUAGACAGGGGGACCUGAUCCUAGAUCAACACUGAUUAUAUGGACAGGGGGACCUGAUCCUAGAUCAUCACUCCACUGAUUAUAUAGACAGGGGGACCUGAUCCUAGAUCAACACUGAUUAUAUGGACAGGGGGACCUGAUCCUAGAUCAUCACUGAUUAUAUAGACAGGGGGACCUGAUCCUAGAUCAUCACUCCUCUGAUUAUAUGGACAGGGGGACCUGAUCCUAGAUCAUCACUGAUUAUAUAGACAGGGGGACCUGAUCCUAGAUCAUCACUCCUCUGAUUAUAUGGACAGGGGGACUUGAUCCUAGAUCAACACUGAUUAUAUAGACAGGGGGACCUGAUCCUAGAUCAACACUGAUUAUAUAGACAGGGGGACCUGAUCCUAGAUCAUCACUGAUUAUAUAGACAGGGGGACCUGAUCCUAGAUCAUCACUGAUUAUAUAGACAGGGGGACCUGAUCCUAGAUCAACACUGAUUAUAUAGACAGGGGGACCUGAUCCUAGAUCAUCACUGAUUAUAUAGACAGGGGGACCUGAUCCUAGAUCAUCACUCCUCUGAUUAUAUAGACAGGGGGACCUGAUCCUAGAUCAUCACUGAUUAUAUGGACAGGGGGACCUGAUCCUAGAUCAACACUGAUUAUAUAGACAGGGGGACCUGAUCCUAGAUCAUCACUGAUUAUAUAGACAGGGGGACCUGAUCCUAGAUCAUCACUGAUUAUAUAGACAGGGGGACCUGAUCCUAGAUCAUCACUGAUUAUAUAGACAGGGGGACCUGAUCCUAGAUCAUCACUCCUCUGAUUAUAUAGACAGGGGGACCUGAUCCUAGAUCAUCACUCCUCUGAUUAUAUGGACAGGGGGACCUGAUCCUAGAUCAUCACUCCUCUGAUUAUAUGGACAGGGGGACCUGAUCCUAGAUCAUCACUCCUCUGAUUAUAUAGACAGGGGGACCUGAUCCUAGAUCAUCACUGAUUAUAUAGACAGGGGGACCUGAUCCUAGAUCAUCACUCCUCUGAUUAUAUGGACAGGGGGACCUGAUCCUAGAUCAUCACUGAUUAUAUAGACAGGGGGACCUGAUCCUAGAUCAUCACUGAUUAUAUGGACAGGGGGACCUGAUCCUAGAUCAUCACUGAUUAUAUAGACAGGGGGACCUGAUCCUAGAUCAUCACUGAUUAUAUAGACAGGGGGACCUGAUCCUAGAUCAUCACUGAUUAUAUAGACAGGGGGACCUGAUCCUAGAUCAUCACUGAUUAUAUAGACAGGGGGACCUGAUCCUAGAUCAACACUGAUUAUAUGGACAGGGGGACCUGAUCCAAGAUCAACACUGAUUAUAUAGACAGGGGGACCUGAUCCUAGAUCAUCACUCCUACUCUGAGCAAUGGUUGGAACCAAAAUUAUUUUCCAAUCGUUCCGUUCCGAGCAGAAUCCUGUUCUUUAUGUUCCAUUCCGGUGUUCCGAGCAGAACCCUGUUCUAUAUGUUCCAUUCCGGUGUUCUGAGCAGAAGAACAUUACUGUUUUAUAUAGUGGCUUUUCGUUACUUAAAAAAAACUGUGAAAUCAAUAUCGUUUUAACAUUUAGAGUUAAAUAAAUGUAUUCCCCCUAAUUAGCACCAAUGUGUUUAGGCUAUUACUAGCAUUAUAACUUCACCUAAUUACAGAAUUAUAUACUAGACAUAAGGGAUAUUUUGGGGGGAAAAAAAGUUAUUAACCGGUAAUCAAGAUUUGAAAAUAACGGUUCUGUUCCCGGAACACUAGAGAUCCCUUUCGUUCCUGGUUCUGAUUUCGUUCCUCGGAAAAUGUUUUUCAGUUCUGUUCCCGGAACACUAGAGAUCCCUUUCGUUCUGAUUUCGUUCCUGGGAAAAUGUUUUUCAGUUCUGUUCCCUGAACCGGUCCCAAACCUCUGACUGAGAUACAUAUGCGGCCCCUGAGAACCAGGCGUUUGCUGUAGUCUGAAACCACUGGGGGUUGAUGCCAUCACCAUGGCGAUGUUGAAAUGUUUUUAGGUGUCUUUUAUUUGCCUGAUGUCUGAUCUGGAAGCAACAGGUCUGUCUUUCACUGUAGCAACAAGGUUUAGAUGGGUUUUUUUUUUAUGUUGAGAAUGAUGCUUUACUUACGCUCUUGUCGAUUAUUGUACGAGAGGGACUCGUACGAUGAACUGGGAAUUCAUUGAUUUUGGGGAAGGACUUUGUCUAUCUUUUUGUUUGUUUUAUGCUUUGUACAUGUUUAUGACAAUAAAAUAAAAACAUCUAAGGCCGGUCA